GGAUUUUAAUUUCGAACCAUCCAUUAAUCUAUUUUUACUUCUCUGUCUCUGUCAAUAGGUCUCUCUGACACUUACCGUUUGCCUAAUCUUACCGUAUGAUCAGUCAUAUAAGGAUCAUUUUAUAAGUUGGCCUAAGAUUCGGCAUUCAUGAAGGAAGAAUGGCUUCAUAUGAAGAUUUUGAUUCUGACACUGAUGAGGAGCUCCUAAAAGAUGUUGUUGCCCUUCCAAUACAGUCUGAAGGGAAUAAUUUUGUAAUACCAUCUCAGACUCAGAAUCAAUGUUCAACUGGGAUGGAAAACAUUGCAGAGCAAAGUGAAACACAAGAACAGUGUUCUCAGCAAAGAGUGAAGAAGGACUUCAAUGAAAUUGUAUUCAGUUCAGAUGAUUUCCUUUCGGAUAUGUGCAGAGGACAACAGUGUUCAGUGAUUCAAGAAGCAUGGAUUGCUGGUGGAAUGGGAGGUCAGCAAGUGAAGCAGCUUACACACAAACUUUUUAGUGCCAGCCAAAAUCCUCAUCUCUCAGCCGUGUAUCUCAUGUACCACAGCUAUGAUUUCUUUAAAAACAAAACAAAUUCAUUAGCUUCAUUUGUUGUUGAUCAGUUUGAAGUUUGGUUGGAUGAAUUCCACAAAACUAAUGGCUACUACCCAACAGUGCAACAGCAAAUUACAAAAGAAGCUGUGCUAGCGGUUUCGAGACAGAAAAACGGAAAAAUCGUGAAAAAAGUAGUCAAUAUGUACCGUGGGGUACAUUACAACACAUACUUAAUUCCAAUCGUGGAAGACUUAAUUGAGCGACAAGAAUUCGCAUCAGCUUGCCGAUUAGGCUGUUGCGCUCAACCUCUUCGGCCAAUUUAAGAAAGAGGAUUUUGUACUUCCAUUGAUAGUCCAGGACAAACUAUCUUUAGCUGAAGAAUAUUUAAAGAAAGAUCGUAAUAUGCCGAUUGAUGUCGUAUCGUUCUUGGACAGCCACAUAAAACAACCAUGUGAAAUGCUCAAGGAAAUUUCAAAAACCUCGAUUCCUGAUGUAAACUAUGGAAAAAUGACCACAAAAAAUGUGGCCAAUCUGGUGACUCGUUUGGCCAAGCGUUUUGAGUUGGACAAGAAAUCGCAUCCGAACACUACAUUAAGGCAAAAGAUAGGAGGCCUUCGCUAUUUGGUCCAUAAAAAAUACAUCGAAAAUUCGAUCGAUGAGGAAAACUGGAAAGAACUUGUGGAAAUUGCAGUGUCGGAUUCCGUAGAACUUCAAGUGGAAUUGAUUCAACAAUUAGUCUGCGUUGAUGAUGAGGCUGCGACCAGAUAUGCCAAACUCUACGCCAUUCCGGAAGACAAACUUCCCUAUAAUUUCACUCCAGUUGUAAAGUCGAAGGAUGACGAUCAAACGCAGCUUGUAACUACUCCUUUAAAUGACUGGGUGGUAGAUAGUAAAUCACAACCGGAAUUCUACGCAUUAUCGAUGCCAUUCCGAUCUAUUCAUUGGAUCUGCUCUUGGGAGAAUGUCAAACACUUCCUCCAGAUUGUUUCAAAAGCAAGUGUGGUCGGAAUCGAUGUUGAAUGGCAACCCAGCUUCGAUGCACAGCUUGCAAAAGCUGCGGUACUCCAAAUAGCUACACAUAAUCAAGUUUUUCUCCUAGACGUUUUCUCGUUGCGAGAAGAAAAAGACUGUACCGCUGCACAGGGCCAACAGUUGAUUCGGCUUAUAUUUGGGAAUCCCCAUAUUUUAAAACUUGGAUUUGGUAUGAAAGAAGACCUUCAUGUUCUUUCCAGAUCAUUGCCAGGUUUAGAAGAUAUUUCCAAAUCUUUUGUCAAUUGGAUUGACAUGAAAAACUUGUGGACACACAUUGAAACAAGAUACCCAUCGUUUGUCCCUACUACAGCGACGAGUGAGGAUACCAUUCAGGAGAAACAUAAAGGGCUGAGUGGAUUAGUAAAAUUGCUAUUCGGACUUCCAUUAGAUAAAAAGGAACAGUUUUCAGAUUGGCAAAAACGACCCCUACGCAAAUCACAACUUAUCUAUGCCGCCCUCGAUGCGUUCUGCUUGUUACAACUGUACGAUUAUCUUCAAAAACGUGCUGGAACCCUAGAAAUUAACUGGUGGAAUCUGUUGAAGAAGUUGGGUACUGCCCGUUGUUAUUGAGCCCGACGAAUGACAAACCGUAUACUUUUCGAACGAAAGCACAAAUUUGUUUUCACUGAAAUGUACUAGUCGUUUCUCAUUUAUUGCUUCCGUAUUUUAAUUGUGUAUUCGUUACACAAGUCUCUCAAUUUUCAAUCGAAAUUAAAAUUCCAAUCGCUCUGAUUUUCUGUCUAAUAAAGAAAUGUGUCUUUUCCACCACGA